AAAUAAAAUGAUUUUUUUACUUUUUUGCAGUCUGAGAAUUUAAAAUCAGUUUGACAUGAUUUCAGAAAUCAGCAUCCAUGUCCAUGUUUGCUAAAAAAGAAAGUGUGGAGACGUUUGACUCAUCUCAGCCACAGUCUGCACCCACCUUUUGGCCGCUAACAAAUCUUAGUUAUUUUUGUUUCUGAGAGCGUGUUUGGAAAUUUCAAAUGCCUUGUGCUAUUUGUGGGAUUGGCCCUCCUUUCCUGCCUCCUCCUCCUCCUCCUCCUCCUCCGGUGUGUUCUUCCUCUAUGGUCCUCUAGUCACCUGACCAAACGCCAUGCAAAUCAUUCCGCUGCUAGAGCCUCAUUGGCCGCUUGUGGCUCUUUUAACCGCUGUCAGUGCGCAUCAUAUGGCCGCCGCUUUAACCAACUUCUCAACUCCGACAGGGAAAGUGGCUCAAAUGCGCAUUCUAUCACAGUGGAUGUGAAGCAGCCCGGGCGGAGACAGGCUGAAAUUCUGGUUGGAGAACAUUUUAUUUCCCUUUUCGGAUUAAUUUUCAUCUCGUUUAUGAUUCAUUCGGGGUUAGAAUAUUAAUCUUGUUACCCGCUCCAUCCUGUGCGCGCCUGAUCCUGUGCGCGCCUUGACCUAUCUUGAAAUAGACUUUUUUUUUCUCUGUUGGUGGCGAAGUUUAAAACCGGGUGAAUGUAUAGCAUGAUGAUGGAAACUGACCUCCAUUCCCCCGGCCCCCAAACGAACACGACCACGGGGCAAACGGGGCCGAACAGCGGGUCCAAAGCAAAUCAGGAGCGAGUGAAAAGACCGAUGAACGCGUUCAUGGUGUGGUCCCGUGGGCAGCGGAGGAAGAUGGCACAGGAGAACCCCAAAAUGCACAACUCUGAGAUCAGCAAGCGGCUGGGCGCCGAGUGGAAGGUGAUGUCCGAGGCAGAGAAGCGCCCUUUCAUCGACGAGGCGAAGCGGUUGCGAGCCAUGCACAUGAAGGAGCAUCCGGAUUACAAGUACCGGCCAAGACGGAAGACCAAGACGCUGCUGAAAAAGGACAAAUAUUCCCUGGCCGGUGGACUGCUUUCUGGGCCCAGUGGGGGCGGUGGAGUUGGUUUAGGGGUCGGAAUGAGUUCAUCCGGGGUUGGGCAGAGGUUAGAGAGCCCCGGGGGGCACGGAGGCUCCGCCAGCUCCGGCUACGCGCACAUGAACGGCUGGGCGAACGGUGCGUACUCGGGGCAGGUGGCUGCAGCCGCGGCGGCCGCGGCGAUGAUGCAGGAGGCUCAGCUAGCCUACAGCCAGCACCCGGGGAGCGGAGCGCACCACCACCACCACUCACACCACCAUCACUCACACAACCCGCAGCCGAUGCACCGCUACGACAUGACAGCCCUGCAGUACAGCCCCAUCUCAAACUCUCAGAGCUACAUGAACGCUUCUCCAUCCGGCUACGGCGGGAUCACCUACACGCAGCACCAGGGCUCCGGCGUCUCCUCCUCAGCUGCCAUGGGGACGUUAGGGUCGCUGGUGAAGUCGGAGCCGAGUAUUUCUCCGUUGUUGGAAUAACAUCAGCACUGGAACUUUUUGACAAGAGCAGAGUGUCCAGCACGUCUAUCACCACAUGGACCUGGAUCAGUGUGGGGGAGGCCUGUGAUUAACAGAUAGCACCUCGUCUCCUCUGCUUGGCAGGCCAUCAUUACGACGAGCACUCGAAGAAUCAGCUCCUGUGAGCGAAAAAAAAAGACCUUUUGGAAAAUGUCAGCGACAGUCGAAGCCCCAGAUUUUCCUCCUUUCACUCGUGAUGCUACCUUGAACCGUCUGAACCCCUAAAUUACACGAGCCCUCUCUGCUAUCGCCUGAUGUUUUGUAUCUUUAAGUGCAGUGUCUGAUUUCAGAGCAUUUUAUUUUAUCUGAAGAUCGGAUGUAUAAACACACACACACACACACACACACACACACACACACACACACACACACACACACACACACACAUUUCAGCCUUCUCAGCAAAUACAAAAGCAGCUCCUCUGUCACUGGAGCCAGCUUCACUGUCUUAAUACUCUUAGUCCCUCAUGUUGGCAUGUUUUCCAAGAGCCGAGCUGCGUUUUCAGAUUUGUAAAAUCCGUCGUCAGAACGCCUGUAAUGAAUAUUUCUACAGCGUGGUAUGAGUGUGUUUUAAUAUGACCGAGGCCCAGUGACAGACGUGUACUGAUCUGUCUGCAGAGCUGUGAACCGUCUGUUUUUGUUUGACGUGUAGAUUGAUGCAUGAUCAUGUGAAUAAUAAACGAUGAGCAAACAGCUGUCAGUGCAGCUCAUCUCUUUGUUUCGUACUCCACGUCGUGCAGUGUGUUCUGUUUUAGCUUCGCUGGGUACAAAAAAAAA